AUGCUCGACGAAAACCUCCCGACCUUUCUCUUCCGGCCCAUGCCGGAUACUCCCAGCAGCGCCGUCGUCUACUUCACCCGCAGCGGCUCUGACCCGACGCCCGAAUACGUCCUCCGUCUGGCCGAUCCCAUCUCCAAACCGGCUUGCCGUGGCCUCUAUGCCGCCGCUCUCACCGACCCCUACAACUGCGGCGACGUCGUCUACGGCGAGGUCGCCGUCAGCCCUCAGUGGCAGCAGCCCGUGCUGUCGGCCGCCGAGCUGCGCGAUCUGCGUGGCCGCCAGGGCAGCGACCCGACGACGACGUCCGCCACCACCUCCUUCUCCACAGCUGCAGCCCCUAUCGCCAAGGUGCCUGACUCCUUCUCCGUCCAGCUGUACAACCCCGAUCAGGCGGUCGUCUUUCGCUGGAACCCUGGCGGCUGGAACAAGACCGACUCGUGGGAGUUUGACGUGCCCAUCCAGAGCUUCCGUCUGCCCAGUGCCAGCCGCCUCGACCGCGAGCCUGCUAGCAGCAGCACCGCGCCGUCUUCCUCUACCGCAUCCUCGACGCCCGGUCCGGCCUCCACAGCCGCUGCCCUCGUGCCGCGCUCCACCUUUCGCUGGAAGCGCGAUGGCCGUCUCGGCAACAAGGACAUGACUUGCUACCUCGUCGGAAAGACUAAUGCCGCCUAUCAUCGCGGUAACAAGGAGCCUGACAUCACCAUUGCCCUCUUCAAGCACGGCCGCGACCGUGCCCUGACCAUCUACGAGCCCAACCUGCACCGCGUCGACGUUCAGGACCGCAAAGGCCUCGAGCUGCUCCUCCUGCUCGGCGCUGAGGUCAUUCGCGACCUCUACCUCGUCCCCCGCUCCGACCCCUUCAACCUCGAGGGUGCUGCUGCUGCUGCUGCUGCUUCUACUGCUGCUGUUGUCCGCCGUCAGGACUCGCGAGACCCGGCUCCACCACCCGGACGGGCAUCCACGAUUCCUGCCUCUUCUUCUGCCGCUGCCACGGCUGCCGCUACACCCUCUGCCGCCGCCAUCGACGCCGAGACAAAACGCCUGCAGGCCCUGCUGGAGCGCGAGGAGCGUGAGAGAGACCGCCGUCUUCGCGAGGAGGAAAAGCGCAUCAAAAUGAUGCUCGAGGCCGAGGAGAAGGAGCAGCGACAGCGUGAGGCCGAAAUCGCCAAGGAGACCGAACGGCUGCGCAAGAUGUACGGCGUCGAGGGUCAGGAUCUGCCGUCAGACCGUCGCCCAGAUGCCGUCCCAAGCCCAGACGCCUCUCUUCCCCCUCCACCGCCUCCACCUCCGCCAACUGCCGGCCAUUUGGCCUCCCAGCAACAGUCCGGACCCCAUCUGCCAUCACGUCCCGUCAGCGCAGGCUCACGCCCGACUGCCCCAGACACACAUACAUCCCCGGGUGGUUGCAGUCGCACUGGCAACGGCGUCAGCGGCUUCCUCUCAGCCCAUCGCAACCGUCUCGCGGCACAGCUAGAGGACGGCCGAAGUCGGAUUCACAAGAAGCGGAGCGUACAGUUUUAG